ACUCACUCGCUCGCUCGCUCGCCGUCGUCAUUCCGCUGUGUUGUUUUGCGUUGGAAACCAGCUGAAUCGAUAAUCCAAACAAAAGUGCGAGUCUAGUCAUAAGGAUGUGCUGUUUUCCGUGAAAAUCGUCGAAAAGUCGGGAAAAUUUCCAUCCGAACCAGUGUUUCCGGUGCAAAGUGGUGCCAAUCCGGCCAGAUUGAGGAACGAUGAAUCGCAGCGCCAAGUUGAAGAGCGUCGCGGCCGCUAAAAACGAGUGCGUACAGGUGGUGGUACGCUGUCGGCCGCUCAACAACAAGGAACAGGCGGGUAACUUCCAGCGGGUGGUCGAUGUCUUUCCGAGCCGGGGCGUUAUCGAGAUACUGAACUGCAAUGAAACGUCGCGGGAAAAUAAGAAGAUGUUCACCUACGAUGCGGUGUACGACUGGGGGUCCACCCAGCAACAGGUGUACGAUGAGGUUGUUCGUCCGCUGGUCUACUCGGUGCUGGAAGGAUUCAAUGGAUGCGUCUUUGCCUAUGGCCAGACCGGCACCGGUAAAACGCACACUAUGGAGGGCAUUAAGAGUGAUCCCGAACAACGAGGUAUCAUCCCACGUGCGUUCGAGCAAAUCUGGGCCCACAUCAACCGUUCGCAGAACAUGAACUUUUUGGUGGCCGUUUCCUAUCUCGAAAUCUACAUGGAAGAGUUGCGAGAUUUGCUGAAGCCCAAUUCGACCACGCCGUUGGAACUACGGGAACGCGAUGGGGGUAUCGUGGUUCCGAAUCUACACUCGGUGCUCUGCAAGAGCGUAGAGGACAUGAUCCAUGUUAUGUACAUGGGAAACAAAAAUCGCACGGUAGGAUUCACAAACAUGAACGAACACAGUUCCAGAUCGCAUGCAAUUUUCCUGAUCAAAAUCGAAAUGUGCGAAGUAGGUUCAACUCUAGUCAAGGUGGGAAAGUUGAACCUGAUCGAUUUGGCUGGUAGCGAGCGUCAAUCGAAGACUGGAGCCACGGCAGAGAGAUUAAAAGAGGCUAGUAAGAUAAAUCGGGCUCUGUCGUCGCUGGGAAAUGUGAUCUCCGCUUUGGCGGAAAAGUCACCCCACAUUCCGUAUCGUGAUUCUAAGUUGACUCGUCUGUUGCAAGACUCCUUGGGUGGCAAUUCCAAAACUAUCAUGAUAGCAAAUAUUGGCCCUUCGGAAUUUAACUAUAAUGAAACUUUGACUACCCUUAGAUAUGCAAAUCGGGCCAAGACUAUUGAGAACAAGCCUAUUAUGAACGAGGAUCCACAGGAUACGAAAUUGCGCGAGUAUCAGGAGGAAAUUGCCCGUUUACGGCAGCUUAUAACUGAGCGUCAAACCCGAGAGAAAUCCGUUCCAAAGGUUAGGAAGGUGAAACAAAAGACUAUUAAGCGAGAUGAAAGUUUGGAAGAGUCGGAUGAGAAGUCUGAUUCCGAAGCAGAAGAGGAGGAGGACGAGAAGGAGAAUGAGCAAGACUUUAGUGAACUGGACGCCAAAGCGCAGGAAGCUUUGUUGAAGGAACGUGAGUUGACUGCUUCCCUAGCAGGAAAAUUGCAGGAGCUAGAGAAUCAGCUGGUGAAGGGUGGUAAGAAUAUAUUGGAUACUUAUACCGAACGUCAGAUCGAACUGGAGAAAAAGAUGGCUGAGAUUGCCGAGCGUAAGAAGCGGGAGAUUGAAAUGCAACAGCAGCUGGAACUGCAUGAGGAAUCUACAAUGGAAAUUCGAGAGACCUUCACUUCUCUGCAACAGGAGGUAGAGCUGAAAACACGCAAGUUGAAGAAAUGCUACACAAAGUGUAUGGCCUUGAAGCAGGAAUUGCAGGAUACUAGGGACGAGCACAACCGAGAUCGACGCGAGCUAGAAAUGACUCAAAAUGAACUGAUUAAGGAGCUGAAGCGUUUGCUGUUGAUAAUUGACAAUUUUGUCCCGGCAGAGGUCAAGUCGCGAUUGUAUACGCAGGCCAAGUAUGAUGACGAAGCAGAGGAAUGGUAUCUCAAUAGCAAUAUGAUCUUGAGUAACCACCAAAUGGUGCCACGACCGGUGGCCGACGUGAACAGGAGGCGACCGAUGUCCGAGUAUGCUUUGCAUAUGAUUAAAUCCAAUGCAUCGGAUGCUGUGCGUUAUAAGGGCGAGAACAUUUUGAACUACGAAUUGGACAUGCCCCUUCGUACAACCUACGAGUACUCCAAUCCGAAGGUUUCGGCGUCCCUGCAGGCGGUCCUGGCUGAAGCCAUGCAAACCGAGGACGACAUUGAUAUUACCGACCAGUCCAACUAUGCUAGCAUGAUGAAACAACGACUGGAUAGGAUUACCCGUCGUAACGUUGGAGCUGAAGGAUCUUCCGGAAGUGGCAGCAGCGCAGGCACUACCACGUCCAACGGUAUUCCUCCCAGCAGUAGUAGCAGUAGUGGUGGUGCAGUAGGAAUCGGUGCCAGCCGUGCCCGAUCGUCAAUUUACAACCGCGGAAUGUCGGCAGCGCCCACGUUCGGAGCGCAUUCCGGGUCGACAACGGCGAAAAAAGCACCGCCGGCCAGUGCAGCUACCUUUCCGAAGGCGCGUGGUUUAAUACCGAAGUAGAUCCAGCGCCAAGGUGAAACUGAAGUACUCAUUUGAUAUUUCUACCCCCUUCUAGUUAUCCUCCUCUCUUAAUCAUCAUAAUCCUCAGCACAGCACACACACAACAAGCAUAUGCUCAUCGAUAAUUGUUUUAAAAAGUGUUGAAUGUUAGGUUCGAUUAGUUUUCGGUUGCAUUUUUCGGCAGAAUUACGAGAUUUGAUUUUCCGGGCUUGAAUGUAGGAAAAGUUUCACACGCGUGCGCUUAACAAAAUUGACUAGAUAGGCAACGACACUCACGGAAAAGAUGUUGGUAAGACGAACGGUAACGGUGUGAGGAUUGGACACAGCAAAUAUUGACGAGUUAUCGAGGUAAUGUAAGGACGAAUGGUACGGUUUACGACGGUAGGAUGAAGAAAAGAUAAAAUAUCGUUAGGCUUAGUAGGAAAAGUGCUGUAGGCACACGGUGUCUGUCUAUAUCGUUUUCACGGUUUUUCGGUUCUAGUUGUCGAUAGAUUUCAACUAUCUCUCGUGGUGUAAAUAGGGUGUAUUUUUUUCGGUUGUUACAUUUUUUAUAUAUAUUUUUUUUUAGUUUUAGCAAACGAGUCUAUUUACGUUGUUAGGAGAAAUAUUGUGGCUAGACAUGAAAUGCUUUAACAUUCUAUUUAUAAUUAUUCGUUCGAUUGUGUUCCUUACCAGUAUAUUCGCAAGUGUCAUUGACUUUUGUUAAACGUUUCUUGUUUGAUUUGACUGAACAUAAUUACUGCAGCAAUUAAAGUGUAGACAUAUUAGUUUAGUUUUGUUAUUUUAUGAAUUCCAUUAUUGCAUUCUAAUCACUCGCAUCCCUCAAUACCCUCAAAGUAGUUGUUAGUAUUGUAAGAGCAUAAAACGCUAAAUUCGUAAUGGCUAUUGAUAAUAAUUUGAUAUUUGUUCGCUGAUUAAGUUACACGGAUUGAAAAACAUCACUGACAAAAGUCAAACGGUUAGCCGUUAAACAAUUGAUGGAAAGACAAAUAAUGUUAUGGAACGAGUCGUACAUUUAUCAGCAAUUUUGAGAUGAGAUUCCAGGAUUAAUCCAGGAAUUAUUCUAGCAAAUUCUCAUGCGAAUUGUCUAGAAAAUUUUUCAGAAAUUAAUGGAGAAAUUCCUGAUAAUAUUCGGGAGAUAUUACAAAAAAAAAAAAAACAUUCUUAAAAUCAUUUCUAUCGGGUUUUUUAUAAACUCACGAUGACGAAAGGAAAUCCUUAAGUCUUGAUGAAGUCUUUAAGGAUUCUCUAGAUGAAUUGCAUUGAUAAUUAAUGGAAAAAUUACCAAUUAAAUUCCUGGCUAAAUUUGUGUGAGAUUUUCUGAAGGUAUUCGUCUUGUGCAGCGUGCAGGAAUGAUCGGAAUAAUAGCAAAUGAGAAACCUUAAAUGAUCUUUUGAAGAAUCCAUGGAUACUUGACUAGAGUUUUUACUUCCCUAGUCUAACUCUUGAGGAAUUGCUGGAAAAAAUCUUCUAGAAUAUCAUCUGGAAAAAUAACUAAAUGAAAUCCUGGGAAAAUUUAGGAAGUAAUACCAGUGUGAAGUAAAGUGAGUGGUGAAGAAUUUCCUGGAGCGAAUUCUAAAGAAAUUACUGUAAGCAUUCUUUAAGAAAGCGCUGGAAGGAUUUCAUAAACGAACUUCUGAGAGAAGUGGAGAAGAAAUCUCUAAGAUUCGAUCGAAAGAUGAAUCCACUGUACACAAGAAUUAGGGUUAUUGAUUAUUUGGCGGAGUAUGCAGAGAUGUCCAGUUGUUGAUCAUUCUCAACAGAUACAUUCUACAAGAAACUCGACGCAUCCUGCAAAGAUUUCAUACCGCAAACUGAGAAGCGCAGUCACAAAGUUUUAAUUUUUAAGAUCGAAAGGUGAAAGCUGUCCAAUGACGUACACCUGAAUGACUCAAAAGACACAAAAUUGUGAGCAAACUUUAAAGAAUUCAAAUAUUUAAUCAGCGAGCAAUUAUCAAAAUCAUUGUCCCGAAAGUAAAACGCCGUUUUCAAUCCAACUGAACAAAUACUAUGCAGUCCAAAUCAAUCCAUCAAUAGAAAAUUGUAUGUUAUAAGGAUACCUUUCCACUGAAUGAUGAUGAUAGUAGGUACCCGAACCAGAUGCAAUUUAAUAUUAUGAUGAUCACUAGGACAGUUAUCAAAUAGGUUCUUAUUAGGUGAUAUAUGUAACCAAAACAGUUUUAUGUGUACCAAUGCAUAGAGGAAUGCGAAAGAAGCAAAUAUAAAGGUAAAAAAUCCGAAACAAUUUUAAACAGAAAAAUAUUAAUUACUCUGGACAAAAAAGUCACGAAAAAAUCUAUCUUCUAAAAUCAGCUUUGCUUCAAGUCAGUGGAUAUUGGAAACGAGUUUCAUUUUUACUUCUGGAGAAAGUCUCUCCUUUAACGCUUCUCAUUGGGAACAAACAGUCCUAGCUAAGUGGUACCUCCUACAUAUUCGAACAGUAAUGCAUUAAGUUGAACCGAAUGUAAAAAGCACAAUGCUGAAUAAACUGAUUCAAUGAAGAAAUA